AUGUUCGUCCCCGACGCAGAAGAUCCAGGAUCUAGAUUUCAGGGCGAGCCUCACUUCAACAUGGCUCCAGUCGCUCCAGCUCCAGCUCAGUUCGGUCUUGGGUACUUCGGUCCUCCGUCCGUUGACCCUAGUCCUGUUGCUUACGGUCCUUGCAAACCGCCGCCAAUUUACCCUGUUUUACUUGGGCCCGCUCUUCUAUCCCAAAUAAUCGAGCCCUCUUCUGAAUCAGCCUCCCGAAUGGUGGAUGGCAAGCCGGUGUUUCAUCCGCAGUUUGGAUAUUACCUCGGUCUUCGACCAAUUGACUUACAGCCAUUUGUCCCCGCGUCUUUUCCCUAUCUCCCUCCUCUCUCGUAUGCUUCUUUCCCCGGCGAGAUCUCGGAGAGCAAAUCCCGCGAGUGCCUUGCUGCUCACCGCAAAUUCAUGAACUGGAUCCAUACGGUGUACUAUUCAUCAAAGUCGCCCGAAUCAUUUGUGCAAGCAUGGCAACGAGCCCUCAAAGAGAUGAAGCAGGCCUUUGGAUCCCCAUAUCUUCCCACGAUCUUCAUCCUCAACCAAUUCCUUGCUGCGGUCAGUGUAAAUCCUGACACCAUUCCAUGGGUUGAGUCGCUCCACUUUGAGAAAGGUUCUCUGCCAGCAUCCAUACUAGAUGAAGCCUUCGCCGAUUUCCUGGAGUUUGAGGCAUACCGACUAGGAAACCAACAGUCGCCCUUAGGUAACCUAGGUGCUGACGUCGCUAACGUGUAUCAAAUUGAAAAUUUCGCCAAGCAUUACUGUCCCUUUCACCUGCGUCUCACAAUGCAUCCCAUUGAGGAAUGUUUUCGAAACCCACAGAACACGAAGCGUAGGAGAAAGUGGAGGCGGAAGCAGGCACGGAUGGCAGCAGCUCUUGAGGCCGAAAAUGGAGGCGGCUAUGAUUGA